AUGAGCGUUGAUGCGUAUGGACCCAGCUCACAGACGUUGACAUUUUUGGAGACGGAGGAAACGGAUUUACUAGGAGCUGAUACUCAGGGGUCGGAAUAUGAAUUCAUCGAUUUCACUCUUCCUUCUCAGACGCAAUCACAGACCCAGUCUCACCAUGACAUGAACGCCAGUCAGACACAAAGCCAGGUGAAUGGAAUAGAUCACAUUGUGGAGAAUGGCAAUGACAUCACCAUAUCGACAAUUACCCAGGGUGUGGGAGAACUCAACUUUGAAGAGGAGCUGGAAGAGAAUCAGUUCUACAUGAAAGACCUGCCCAGUCAUGCUUGCUCGUACUGUGGCAUUCAUGAUCCGGCUUGUGUGGUCUACUGUAAUUCGACCAAAAAGUGGUUUUGUAAUGGGAGAGGCAACACUUCUGGCAGCCACAUCAUCAACCAUCUGGUGAGAGCUAAUGCUAAGGAGGUUACUCUACACAAAGAUGGCCCUCUUGGAGAAACUGUUCUGGAGUGCUACAACUGUGCUUGUCGAAAUGUUUUUCUCCUGGGCUUUAUCCCGGCAAAGGCGGAGUCUGUGGUUGUUCUGCUUUGUAGACACCCAUGUGCUAAUCUCAGCAAUUUUAAGGACAUGAACUGGGAUCCUGCCCAGUGGCAGCCACUAAUAAAUGACCGCUCAUUUCUGUCCUGGCUUGUCAAAGUGCCCAGUGAGCAAGAUCAGCUGAGAGCUAGACAGAUCACUGCCCAGCAGAUCAACAAGUUAGAAGAAUUGUGGAAGGAAAAUCCAGAUGCAAAACUUGAAGACUUGGAGAGAACUGGGUUGGAUGAGGAACCAACACAAGUGCAGCUCAGAUAUGAUGAUGCCUACCAAUACCAGAAUAUUUUUGGGCCUCUUGUCAAGCUGGAAGCAGACUAUGACAAACGGCUUAAAGAAUCACAGACACAGGACAAUAUUGUUGUCCGUUGGGACACUGGCCUUAACAAGAAAAGAAUUGCCUAUUUUUGUCUGCCAAAGGCAAAUGAUGAAAUGAAACUGAUGCACGGUGAUGAGCUCAAACUUCGUUACAUUGGUGAACUCCAGAAACCAUGGUCGGGUGUUGGCCACGUCAUCAAGAUUCCAGACAAUCACAGUGAUGAGAUUGCUAUUGAGCUGAAAAGCAAUGCUGGUGUACCUGAGAGUUGUACUCACAACUUUGUUGUAGAUUUUGUAUGGAAGUCAACUUCUUUUGACAGAAUGCAGUCGGCCCUGAAGACAUUUGCUGUUGACGAGACUUCAGUGUGGGGUUAUAUCUAUCACAAGCUGCUUGGGCACGAGGUUGAAGACAUCACUCUCAAAUGCACACUGCCUAAAAGAUUUUCUGCACCUGGCCUGCCAGAACUGAACCACUCCCAGGUGUAUGCGGUGAAAACAGUCCUGCAGAGACCACUGAGCCUAAUACAGGGUCCCCCAGGAACUGGCAAGACUGUGACCUCAGCUACUAUUGUUUACCACAUGGUCAAGCAAAACAGCGGACCUGUGCUGGUGUGUGCCCCAUCCAACAUCGCUGUCGACCAGCUGACAGAGAAGAUACACAAGACUGGUUUGAAGGUAGUUCGACUGUGUGCUAAAUCAAGAGAAGCCAUCGAUUCUCCUGUUUCAUUUCUGGCCAUGCAUAACCAGACAAGGAACAUGGAUACUGUGCCAGAUCUUAACAAACUGCAACAGCUGAAAGAUGAAACGGGAGAAUUGUCAUCAGGUGAUGAGAAGCGUUACCGUUCUCUUAAAAAACAGUGUGAGAAAGAACUUUUACAGGCUGCAGAUGUGAUCUGCUGUACCUGUGUCGGUGCUGGUGACCCCCGACUGGCCAAGCUACAGUUCAGCUCAGUUCUUAUAGAUGAGAGCACACAGGCCACAGAACCUGAGUGUAUGAUCCCGGUCAUCUUAGGGUGUCGGCAGCUGAUCCUCGUGGGUGAUCAUUGCCAGUUGGGCCCUGUGGUCAUGUGUAAGAAAGCUGCCCGUGCUGGCCUUUCCCAGUCUCUCUUUGAGCGUUUGGUGGUGCUUGGGAUUCGUCCAAUCAGGCUGCAAGUUCAGUACCGCAUGCAUCCAGCUCUGAGCAGCUUCCCUUCGAACAUCUUCUAUGAGGGUUCACUUCAGAAUGGAGUAACUGCAGCUGACCGCACCAGAUCCGGACUUGACUUUCCCUGGCCUCAGCCAGACAAACCCAUGUUCUUUUACAGUACUUUUGGAACAGAAGAAAUCUCCAGUUCCGGGACUUCUUAUCUAAACAGAACAGAGGCAGCUAACAUUGAAAAAUUAGCAACCAGACUUCUUCGAGCUGGAGUUAAACCAGAGCAGAUUGGCAUUAUCACUCCGUACGAGGGUCAGAGGGCAUAUCAAGUACAGCACAUGCAGUAUAAUGGCUCCUUGAACAAGAAGUUGUAUAUGGAAAUCGAGGUGGCUAGUGUUGAUGCCUUCCAAGGCCGAGAAAAGGAUUUCAUCCUUCUGUCUUGUGUGAGAUCUAACGAGCACCAAGGUAUUGGCUUUCUCAAUGACCCACGUCGACUGAAUGUUGCCCUGACACGUGCCAGGUAUGGUGUUAUCAUAGUGGGCAAUCCUAAAAUCCUCUCGAGGCAAACAUUGUGGUGCCAUUUGCUGACUUACUACAGAGAGCAGAAGUGUCUUGUGGAGGGACAGCUGUCUAACUUGAAGGAAUGUUUCGUGAACAUCAGCAAGCCUCGCAAGCUUGUUAACACCACAAAUCCUGGUGGGCGUUUCAUGAACAACACCAUGUUUGAUGCCAGGGAACUCUUAGUUCCAGGAAGUGCGUAUGACAGAGCCAACAACUCGUACCGUGAGCCACUGAUGCGCACCCAUGACCAGCUGGGCUUCAUUGGUCCAGACAGAGCUUACACCAGAGCAGCAAUGAACCUGCCAGUUCCUGUGAACAUGUUUUUGUCACAUCAUGUGCCCACACACAUGGGUAACCAGUCAUCCAGAGGAAACCCGAAGACUCGUGGAUGGAGUGGCAACCGUCGGCAGAAGUCUGGAAAGAGCAGUGUUUCAAGUCAUGCCAACUCCCAGAGCCAGGCUAGCCAGGACUUCUCACAAGGCCCUUUGACCCAGGGUAUGAACAUGAGUCAGCAUUUCCAGAUGAGCCAGGGUCUGAGUGGCCUGUCACAGCCAGGUCUGAGUGGACUGUCCCAGGCAGAACUGUCGCAGGACAGCUUCAUGGCCGAUGACUACCGUUCCCAAAUGGAUGUCUUGCUGUCUCAGGACUCCACAUACCAAGGAGACCGCCUGUACUUGGCCUCCCAGCUUUCUCAGGGGCCAUUUAACUAG